AUGGUUGGGCUUGCUUCAGCCGCUGGUCUCGUUGGCUUUCUUUCAGAGCCUGACUCUGAACUGAGAGUAUUUGCUUUGAAGACGCUAGAUUCUCAGAUCGACCUUCUGUGGACGGAAGUGGUUGACUCUAUUCCGCAAAUAGAGGCGCUUUACGAAGAUGAAGACUUCCCUGAGCGCGGCCUUGCGGCGCUAGUCGCCGCAAAGGUUUACUACCAUCUCCAAGAAUACAAUGAGAGCAUGGUGUUUGCUUUAGGCGCAGGGAAGCUGUUCGACCUAAAUAACGGUGGCGAAUUUGAGGAGACCAUCAUUGCCAAAUGUAUCGAUACCUUCAUUUCGCUGUCGACUUCCCAACGGCCUGCAGGCGGCGAUCAACCUGCCAACUUGAACACCGCGUUCCCCGCCCCGGUCGAGGGUGCCAGCAGCACCUCUGCCAGCCUCACUUCCCCGAUCACCCCAUUUUCACAAUCUGCUCUGCCAUCAAAGUCGCUGUUGUCUAGGCAAGAGGUCACAGGCGCAGACGGCGCUCACGCGGGAGGCGAGGAUAUCAGCUUGAAGGAUGUUGAAACCCCGCUCGUCCUAAAGCGAGGUGUUCAAGGCCAGCUGAAGGCUGUCGUUGAACGUUUAUUCGAGCAAUGUUUCAUCGAUCAACGUUAUCGCCAGGUUAUCGGUAUUGCCAUUGAAGCUAGAGAUCUGGAAAUGCUUCGAACAGCUAUUGUUCGCGCUAGUGAGGACGAAAAGAAGCAACACGGCGAAUCUCGUCGGAGUGAGGAGCUGAUGGAAUAUGUAUUGGACAUUUGCAUGGGCGUUGUCCAGGAGCGAGGUUUCCGCAACGAGAUCUUAAAACUUAUUCUUGACCUUCUUAAUGAAAUCCCUUCGCCAGACUAUUUCUCGAUCGCCAAAUGCGUCGUCUAUCUCAACGAGCACUCGAUGGCUACUUUCAUACUUCGCCAGUUGGUCGAGAAGGGGGAUGCACGGUCACUUGCUGUUGCCUAUCAGAUUUCUUUCGAUCUUUACGACAACAGCACCCAGGAAUUUCUCCAGAAAGUUCACCAGGAAAUCUCUGAACUCGUUCCGGAAAAGAACGAAUCCGAAGCGAAAGAGGAGCAAGAAGAAGCGAAGGAGACCGAUGCGUUGUUGGAAGGCCAAUCUUCGUCUAUCGGUGCCAACGAUGACUCCAAGCUGACCUCGGAGGCCCAUACCGCGUUCAAGAAUAUACUUGAUAUCCUCGAUGGCCUCAGAUCGAUCCAACUGAACAUGGAGUUUUUGCACCGGAAUAGCAGGGUCGACGUUGCCAUCCUUAACAAGCUUCGCGACAGCUUGGAACCUCGCAACUCAAUCUUCCACUCGGCUGUGACCAUCUCAAAUGGCUUCAUGUACGCUGGAACAGCACAGGACAAAUUCUUCCGAGACAACCUGGAGUGGCUCGGAAAAGCGGUCAACUGGUCCAAGUUCACUGCGACAGCUGCCCUGGGUGUUAUUCACCGUGGGAAUUUGAAUCAGGGACAAAAGCUUUUGCAGCCAUAUCUCCCCAAGGACAACAUUGCUGGUGUAAAUGGAUCUGGGUCCGUUUAUAGCGGCGGUGGCUCCCUGUACGCGCUUGGCUUAAUCUAUGCCAACCAUGGCGGAAUGGCUAUUGAUUACAUUCGCGACCAUUUCAAGAAGGCUACCGAGGAAGUCGUUCAACAUGGAGGUGCAUUGGGACUUGGUGUUGCGGGUAUGGCAACCGGAGAUGAGGGUAUUUACGAGGAUUUACGGAACGUUCUCUACACCGACUCUGCUCUCAACGGUGAGGCCGUCGGUCUUGCCAUGGGUCUGGUCAUGUUGGGUACUGGUAACAUGAAGGUUCUCGAAGACAUGAUCCAAUACGCUCAUGAUACGCAGCACGAAAAGACCGUACGAGGAUUGGCAAUGGGCAUGGCUCUGAUAAUGUACGGUCGACAGGAAGCUGCUGAUGAGCUGGUUAACGGCCUCCUGGGCGACCCUGACCCGACCCUCCGCUAUGGAGGUAUCAUGACCAUCGCUCUCGCGUACUGCGGAAGCAGCAGCAACAAGGCUGUCCGGAAAUUGCUCCAUGUUGCUGUCAGUGAUGUGAACGACGAUGUCCGACGUGUUGCUGUCCUGAGUUUGGGUUUCAUUCUGUUUAGAAAGCACCAAAGCGUGCCCCGCAUGGUCGAAUUGCUCUCUGAAUCAUACAACCCUCAUGUUCGUUAUGGUGCAGCAAUGGCUCUUGGAAUCUCAUGUGCUGGUACUGGCCUUGACGAAGCAAUCGACCUCCUUGAGCCGAUGCUGAAGGAUUCUACCGACUUUGUGCGACAAGGAGCUCUCAUUUCUCUGGCCAUGGUGUUGGUGCAACAGAAUGAGGCUAUGAACCCUCGGGUCACCACACUACGCAAGACGAUGUUGAAGAUGGUUUCCGAUAGGCAUGAGGAUGCUAUGGCCAAGUUUGGCUGCGCGAUUGCUCUAGGUAUUAUCGAUGCUGGCGGCCGUAACUGCACAAUCAGUCUUCAGACACAGACAGGAAACCUCAACAUGCCGGGUAUUGUCGGCGCUGCAGUGUUCACCCAGUACUGGUACUGGUUCCCUCUUACUCACUUCCUGUCGCUGAGUUUCGCGCCAACCUCGGUGAUCGGUGUGGACCAGAAGCUCGAGGCCCCGUACUUCAAGUUCCACAGCAACACAAAGCCCAGCCUCUUCGACUACCCACCUGAGCAACAAGUCAAAACCGAAGAAGCGCCGGAGAAGGUCAAGACUGCCGUUCUUUCCACCACAGCGCAGGCCAAGAGACGUGCGCAGCGUCGUGAGAAACAGCACAGGCGAGAGAGUAUGGAUAUUGAUCAGACUCCUACCACUCCCAAGGUGGCGGAUCAGAUCCCGGAGAAGAUGGAAACGGACGAGGCCAAGGGCGAAGAAGAGCUCAAGGAAGGUGAGAAGGAGGUUGUAGAGGGUCAGAAGAAGAGGGUUGAGCGCGAGAAAGUUGGAUAUGAGCUCGACAACAUGUCACGAGUUCUCCCAGCCCAACUAAAGUAUCUCACGUUCCCCGAUCCUCGAUAUGAGCCUGUAAAAAGGCCCACCGGUGGUGUUGUAGUCGUUUUGGACAAGACGCCGGAAGAACCCCGAGAAGUCAUUGAGCUCAAGGCCAGCAAAGAGACCAAACCAUCCGCAACCCCAGCGGACCACCUGCAAUCUUUACAGGAUCGUUUGCAAGGGUUCCAUGACGGGGGCGCUCUGCAAACCCCUCAGCGUGGAGCGGACUCCCUUUCGACGUUAGGAGCUACUGCUGCGGCCGGGGUGUUGACCGCUGUGGAUGAAGACGAGGAUGGAGAGGAGGCGCCUGUUCCUGAGGAAUUCGGAUACACGAGCGAUGACGGGGAGGCAGACUACUAG